AUGGGGAUGCAUGGGGUGUCUAGUAUGGGGCAAAAGGUUGUUGUGGGGCCCAGUAAGGAACAAAAGGUGUCUGAGGUGAAUAGGGCUUGUGUUGAGACGACCCAUGGCGGUUGUUUGAGCGGCGAUUCCGAUUAUAGCCACGAUGGGACCUCUGAUCUUAUUGAUACACAUAAAGUGGAGGCAAUUUUGGGACUACAGACCUUGGAAGAGGUUCUUUCAGUUGGAGAGAUUGUUAGUAAAGCUCAAAUUCCAGCAUUAUCUCUUCUUGAUUCGGUUCCUCGAUGGGCACUAGAUCGUUUUUCCUUUCUUGUUCAAGCCUCACCCUCUCAGUUUGCUCAAAUGAAAGCUUUCGUUGCGGUUUUGGAAUCUUGUGGAUGGAAUAGCUUUACUUUCAUAUACGAGGACAUCAAUUCAGCGUCCACUCUAGUCAUGCCUCAUCUGAUGGAAGCUAUCAAAGAAUCCGGUGUACAGAUGAGUAGUAUCGUAAGGCUAUCAUCUUUAUCUUCUUUUUCUUCUUCUUCAUUGCUGGGUGAACUUGGAAGGAUUAAUACAAAGCCAUGUAGAGUAUUUUUGCUUCAUGCAUCUUUGGAAAUAGGCAUCCACAUUUUUCAAAAUGCAAAAAGCUUAGGGAUGAUGGAAAGGGGCUAUGUGUGGAUAACAACAAAUCUAAUUACUGAUCUUCUCCAUACUGUGAAUUCCUCUGUAUUUUCUAUAAUGGAAGGCGUGGUCGGACUAGGGAGUUCCUUCCUAGAACAUGACUCACGAUUUCAUGAUUUUAGCGCAAAGUUUCAAAAAAAGUUUAAGACUGAACAACCUGAAGAAGAAACCAACAUUCCUGGGAUUUUUGCGGUCGAGGCUUAUGAUGCUACAUGGACUUUGGCCUUAGCUUUGAGCCGAAAGAACAUGAGUGGGCAAAAGUUACUAUAUGAACUUUCAUCAAUAUCUUUAACUGGCAUCACCGGUGAAGUUCAGUUAAUUAACCGACAAUCCAUUGCAUCACAUAUAUUCCAACUUGUCAAUGUUAUAGGAAAAUACUAUAGACAACUUGGGUUUUGGUCAGAAGGUCUUGGUUUUUCUGAGGUUAUUAAUGAAAAAGUUACUUAUAACACCUCUUUGCAAAAUCUUGGUCACAUUUUUUGGCCCGGGAAACCAUUGCAUACUCCAAGAGGAUGGUCUAUUCCUACAAAUGUCAAACCAUUGCGAGUUGGUGUGCCAGCGGUGGCCAUAUUUAAAGAGUUUGUGGAAGUGAAAUAUGAUCAUGAUAAUCAUAGUUUUACUAUCACUGGUUAUUCAAUUGAGCUUUUCAAAGAAACGGUCAAAAGGUUGCCAUAUUAUUUGCCAUAUGAAUUUUACCCCUUCACUGGUUCGUAUGAUUCCCUAGUGAAGCAAGUUUAUCUCAAGAACUUUGAUGCAGUAAUUGGUGAUGUCUCAGUGGUGUCAAGCCGAUAUCAGUAUGCUGAGUUCACACAUCCUUUCACAGAAACAGGGUUGAUGAUGGUAGUACCCAUCACAUCAUACCAUCAACAAUGGUUAUUUGUGAAGCCUUUCACAUUUGGCAUGUGGAUUAUAACAAUUCUUUUCAAUAUUUAUAACGCCUUGGUGAUAUAUUUGAUUGAAAGGAAACACAGUCCUGAACUUCAAGGAUCCGUUAUGAAUCAAACCGGAAUUCUUCUAUCUUUAGCCUUUACAAGAACAUUCUCUAAAAACUCUGAUGAAGUUCAUAGCAAUUUGACAAGAAUGACUACAGUGGCAUGGAUCUUUGCUGCAAUAAUAAUUGGUCAGUGUUACACAGCCAGCCUCACCAGUAUGCUCACUAUUAGAAGGUUGACACCUCAAGUUACUGAUUAUGAGGCAUUGAAGAAUGCAAAUGCUGCUGUGGGGUACGGCAAAGGGUCCCAUGUGGCCAGGUAUUUGGAAGAUGUCUUGGGUUUCAAGAGUGAAAAUCUAAGAAACUUUAGUUCUCCAGAAGAAUGUGCUUAUGCCCUUAAAAAUAGAACCAUAGCAGCAGUUUUCCUUGAGACUCCUUUAACUAAACUAUUUCUUGCCAAGUACUGCAAGAGCUUCACCACAGCCGGGACUACAUUCAGGGAUGGGGGAUUUGCAUUUGUACUUCCGAAAGGUUCUCCAAUGGUUCCUGAUUUUACAAAGGCGUUACUAAAUGUGUCUGAACGUGGCACUCUCCGAGAUUUAGAGAAAAGAAUGCUUGGUUCAGUGGAAUGUGUAGAUCAGGACACAAUCCAUGAUGAAUACGGAAGUUUGGGUCUUAGUACCUUCUGGUCACUUUUCCUUUUGACAGGUGGCACAUCGACUGUUGCUCUUGCAACUUAUGUGAUUAUUAGCUUGAGAAAAUACUACCAGAGGGAAGGCGUAAGUCCUAUCACCAUUAUUUCAGACAUUAGAAAAUACAUUACGUAUAGAAGGAAACGAUUAUCAAGGAAAGUCAGCGAUUUAGAAUCUCCAAACACACUAGAAAUGACUUGA